AUGAGUGAAUACGAAAAGUACGGGAUAAAGAAGAAAACAUAUUCAGAAGUUGAAUUACCAACCAAUCCAAACUUACCACCAUGGGUUAUAACACCAAAGGAAGAGAAAGUUAUUUUUGAAAGAUGGAGAAAGAAGACGUUUGCCAAAUGUGAUGAUUUCAUUAAAGCAUAUGUUGAUUGUAGUAAUAGUUAUAGAAAUCCAAUAGAAGGAAUGAAGAAAUGUGCUGAAGUUAAUAAAGCAUCCAAAGAUUGUGUGGCCCAAUAUCAAAAACAAAAAUAUCUUGAUAUUGAACGAGAUAUUUUGAUUGAAGAAAGAAUUGAAAAGAAGAAAUUGUAUGAACAAAGUUUAAAAGAAAAGGCUCAACAAAAGUAA